CUGCGGCCUUAUCAAUGGAACUUCUCUUCGUACAACAAAAAAUGCUGCUGUUGCUGACCUUUCUUGAUUGAUCUCAUUUCUGUUUCGCUGGCAGGAACACUAUGCUUCACGACGCAUAUGGAUGCUAUCUCGUCCUCAUGUUACUGCCCGGGAGAUAUGAAUACUAUUUCAUAUUGGAUAAAAAUUGCAUUUAUCAAGAUGAGGUGUAUUUGAAUAUUCACCAUGAACUGGAGGUUUUCGAACGUGAUGAGGGUCCAGAGUCGCUGAGAUCGAAUUACACUUGCGACUUUUUUACCUCGGAGGAUUUUGAAGAGAACCUCCGUUGCCACCCCCACAUUUGUCCACCAAGGUGCUUAAUGCCGUGCAUCUGGAAGGGGAACCGAGUGUAAUUGCUGCACCUCAUUAUGCCACUGUCAAUCACAUGUUCAGAGACAUCUAAGCCCACAGGAUUCCGGGUCCGGGAAUGUGUAGCUGCCUGGGUUCUACCCACCGCUUUCGAUCCAAAUACGUAUCCAUGGUUUUAUACAAGCCCGAGCCUUGAAGAGCAAGACGUGGGCAGCAUAGUUUAGAUCCCAGCUCUCUCCAGAGAUUUCUGUUGAAGACUUCUUGGAUGAACAUGAAGAUGUGAUACCUCUUGAAAGAGCUGAUGCUCCAACAUUCUGAACCAGAGCUCAUGACAGAUCACUCCUGCCGCCAAGCUCUUCUAAGACUAUUUGGCGACAGAUGCUUUUAUAAUCUUUCAGUUGUUCGGUGAUGAUCUUGACAACAAGA